AUGAACUUCAUUUUACGUAACUUACCUAUCUUUACUGUAUAUUUCUUUUUUUUUAUAAACAAUUUUUCUGGAACAAAUCUGACUUCAAUAAAAUAUGCACUCAAUAAAAUUAUGAUUGAAGAAAAUAAAUGGAAAAAUAAAAGAGAUAAUAAAACAUGUAUCAAUCAAUUGAUAUUAAAGAUAGUUAAAAAUGAAAUAGGAUAUAAAGAGUUGCCUUCAAAAAGUUUAUUGAUGACUUCAAAAUUAUAUAAUAUAAAAAAACUUUUUGAUGAUUUAUCUGAAGAUGAAAAAUUAUCAAAAAUUAUAGGGGCAUGCGGGAAUUAUGUUUACUUAAAGUAUAUCGAAACAAUUAUAUUUACUCUUCAUGAAAAUGUUCAAACAGUAAAUUUAAAAAAUUUUUUACAGUUGCUUAUAAGUAAAGAUGUGUGCAUUGAAUUUAAUCAGGAUUCUGUAGAGUUUGUAGAUUAA